AUGAGAGAGAGAUUGUGACUGUGUGUUGGAAUGCGCUGAUACAUGGGAACAGGCUGCUUAUCUCCGUUUGUCCCCUUGUCAGUCAUCCUGAGAUGCACACGCAUACACUUCGGAACGCUGGAGGCUCCGGUUGGAAAGGUGGUGAUUAACCCCUUCCCCCUAGUUCCUCCUCCUCCUCCGUCUCUCCCGCCGUCUGGUUCUUUUACCUGCACUCGUCUGGACUCGUUCAGUGAGUAAAGACACAGAAGGACAGGAAGGAAGAGAGAUGAGAGAGUAAUACCAAGACGGUGCAGUUCAUUCCUUGUGGAAUACGGAGAAAAUCCAGGGAGGAUUUGGACACCUGUAGAACACAAUUCUGGAUAUUCUACUAGUGCAGUUUGAUUGGAUGACUGAAAUGGAAUACAAAGUGAGUGAUUGAUGAACUGACUUGAUUGAAUUCACUCGAGUUAAACCAGCAUUUCUACACUAUGUCUAAACCUUCACGACUUGCUCGCCCAUCCUCGGCGGGUCCCGGCUCCAAACUACCCUCGCCCCGUCGGGAUACACCUGCUGGCAGACCCAGAAUGCUCGGCAUGGGGGAGAAGGUAAUGCGGACAGGAAGUGAGGGCAGUAUAGCCGGCCAGAGGCCUCCCGUCAAUGGGACAACACAUUUGCAUAUCCCUCAAAACACUAAUAUAAAGGAAGAGGACGAGGUGACCCAACCAAGGAGCAGAAUCAGUCCACCUAAAGCGUCCACGGCAAGCGUAACCCAGCAACAAGUCACACAGCCCAAGCCUCUGAAGGGUAAUCUAAAGGUGACUUCCAGUGAAGACGCCGAACACCUGACCCGUAAACAGCAGGUUGUCUCCGCUAACAGCCCUGGUUUCCGCUGCGAGCCCAAAUCCGCCCGGGCAGGGGCUCCACGUAGACACACUGUGGGCGGAGCGCGCAGCUCACGGGAGAUUCUGGCCAUGCAGCCCUCAGAUAUGGACAAAAAACGAGAGGCCUUUUUAGAACAUCUGAAGCAGAAGUACCCACACCAUGCCUCCGCAAUCAUGGGCCAUCAAGAAAGACUACGAGAACAGAACCGGAGCUCUAAGCAGAGUGUGGUGUGUUCGAGCCCAGUUCCUGUGUUUGUGGAUCAAGUGGAGCACGACUCGCUGGUCUCUCUAGAUGCUCUGGAGGUCAUGUCUGAGUGUGACAUGCCCAUCGCCUUCACCCGAGGCUCCCGGUCUCGAGCCAGUCUUCCUGUGGUCCGCUCUACUAACCAGACCAAGGAUCGCUCACUAGGGGUGUUGUAUCUGCAGUAUGGAGAUGACACAAAGCAGAUCCGCAUGCCUAAUGAGAUAACGAGUGCAGAUACAGUCAGAGCUCUGUUCGUUAGUGCCUUCCCUCAUCAGCUCAACAUGAAGAUGCUGGAGUCACCCAGCACAGCCAUCUACGUGAAAGAUGAGACCAGGAAUGUGUACUAUGAACUCACUGAUGUCAGGAACAUUACAGAUCACUCCUGCCUGAAGGUGUACCACAAAGACCCAGCGCAUGCCUUCAGCCAUGGAGCCCGGCCAAGCAAUGGAGAUGCAAGGAUUCACAGGGAGAUGAUGUAUGCUGGACGGGAUGGUCAUCCUCUCCGGCAGCCCCCGAUGGGUCCUCCUCCACCGCACAUGCAGGGCUCCAUGUCCCCUACCACACCUCAUGCAUUGCCCCCCUCCCCGUCUCGUAUCCCCUUCGGUCCACGCACCGCAGGCGGUGGGGUUGCCACAAUGCCACGUGACCGAGCCGGACACACACUCCCCUCACCCGCCCGCGCAUCCUCCCCCUGCCCGAGCGCCAUCCUCGAGCGGCGUGACGUAAAACCGGACGAGGACGUAGCUGCAAAGAGCAUGUCGCUGCCCUCCCGAGCCGAAAGUCAUUAUGCUGACCCUUAUAUGUUACAUCAUCAGGCCCUGCCCCCUGAUGCAGUAGACCACGCCUACCACCGUGCCACCAUACGCUCUUACAGUAACCCCGGCGUUCCCAUGGAGCCCAUGGACCAUCAUUCACUCUUCCGACAGAAAAGUAGGAAGUACACAGAUAGCCAGCUUCCCAUGCUCGGCUCCAAAACCCCGCCCUCUUCCCCACACCGGAUGGGUGAGAUGCGAAUGAUGGACAUUCACACAGGCCAACCGCAGAGUUCCAUGACUCUGGAGAGGGCCUCACCUGUCAGACAAUCAUUUAGGAAGGAGGCUCCUGUCACAAUGGAUACCAUGGUAAAGACAAGGGGUGGCAUGGGGUCCCCGGCCACUCCGGAUCUUCAGGUUCACAAUCCUCUGGCCCCUUCGACAGACCCUCAGACACGAGAGAGAAUGAAGGCCAUGGAGGAGCAAAUAGCCAGUCUGACUGGUCUUGUGCAGCACGCUCUCUUAAAGAGCCACAGCACUAACAGCAACAAGGAACACCCCAGUGAGAAACCCGUAAAGUCUGGAUCACCGGCUCACAGCACAUCUAGCACAGGAGGUUCUCCAGUAUUACCACCAAAAGUUGCUCCUGAGUGUAGCCCCGCCCCUACACCACCACUAGGCCCUGCCCCCUUGCAUGUUAACCUUCACCUGUUCAGGAGGAAUGUCUCUGAGCUCCGCCUCCAACUGCAACAUAUCAGACAACUACAGCUUCAGAAUCAGGAGUGUGUGCGUGCUCAGAUAAAGCAUGCAGAGCAAGAGAUCAGUGUGAAGCUGGCUGAAAUACUGAGACGACAGGACGAUCCGACACAGAAACAGAGGACACUGGUAGAGGAAGAGAGACACCGAUAUCUCAGCAUGCAGGAAAGAGUUCUCACACAGCUGGGGGAUCUGGAGCAGUAUGUGGAGGCUCUGAAGACUGACUCCAGCCCUGCCGUGUCUCAGAGAGCCGUGACGCUGAAGGAGGUAGAGGAGGGAGCUGUCAGCCUGAGGAAAGUGGGCGAGAACCUGGCUGGACUGAAAGGAGAGUUUCCAGCCCUUCAGGCCCGCAUGCGAGCAGUGCUCAGGGUGGAGGUGGAGGCCGUAAAGUUCCUCAAAGAAGAGCCCCACAAACUCGACAGCAUGCUGAAGAGAGUCCGAACCCUCACAGACACACUCGGAAACCUUCGCAGGUACAAACAGAGAGAGUAUGCCACAGAUAGUCUGCUGAAUCCCUCUGACCCUGUUCCCUCAACCCCAGCCUCUGAAAAAGCAGAAUCAGCCAUCGUUGAAUCUUUUGAGCCUGCCUCGGUCAUACCUCAGAGCUCCAUGGUGAGGUCAGAGGUUAUGUCGUCAAGCCCUAUGGUGAUCCACCAUGCCCAGGCCUCUCCUGUAGCCUCACAACAAUCCCUGAAAUCAACAGCACCUUCACCCAUUCCCCCUGCAGCACAGAGACGAGAGUCUACACCUUCACCUACCAAACAGCUCAAAAAACCUUUACUUGAGCAGACACAGAUACCAAAUACCAGCAGUAAUGGAGUCUCUGCUAAUGACAUUCAUAGUAAAGGUCCUUCUCCAAACUUGUUAAUUGAGGAGAUCCAAGCAAGCCACAGCAAGAGCAUAAACAGGGCUGUGUCAAUAGAGGCUGCAGAGAAAGGAUGGGAGGAGAAGAGGCAGAACAUUGGUCAUUAUGAUGGGCAGGAGUUUGAACGGAUGCUCCAGGAAGCAGAAGCCAACAUGCUGAGAGGAAUACCAAACCUUGAGGUGCCCAGCAAACCUGAGGGCUCUCCUGCAACUCCUGCAGUGCUUCCUGCCUCCCUGGAGGAGGUGAUAGAAAAAAAUGAACCUACAGCAGCGCCAACAGAACAAGAUGACAAUCAGACAAACUCUGAGAAACCUACUAAGACUGCUCCAGAGAAACCUCCCAAACCUCUGGAGAAGCCAGUUAAGUCAGCCUUGGAGAGACCUAUUAAGCCCAGCCUAUCCAUCAAAUCCAACCUAGAAAGACAAAGUAAGACUCAGGAAAAAGUUAAGCUUCAGACCACAGAGAAAGCCAACAAGUCUCCUCCUCCACCCCCACCUCGACGAAACUACACCACCAACACUGGGAUGACCACCACCCGCUCUGGAGAAGUCAUUUACACCAGCAGGAAGGAGUCUGUUACGGAGGGUGAAGAGGAGACCAACAGUACAGCGUCUCAGUCUGAACCAAAAACCCCUCCAGAGGCGAAGCGCAAACCCAUUACUCCUCCACCUAUCGCUGCCUCGGCCAUCACUGAGGAAGAGGAUGAGGGAGACAAAAUUAUGGCAGAGCUACAGGUUUUCCAGAAGUGCUCUGUUAAGGAGGUAGGGCUCAAGGGUUUGGUAGAGCCACAGAUCAGAGAGCUAAGACCUGGGGUCUUACUGCCCCUUAAAGAUAAGAAGAAUACAGAAAACCAAGACGACAAGAAUCCUGACACAGAUGAGAAUGGCAACAAUACAAUUCGUCAGAGUCCUGGGGUCAUCUACUAUGUCACAGCUCAGAUCUCCAAGGGGCCUUCAUCAGCAUCAGAGGAAUCAACAGAGCGUAGAGAUGCAUCACAGUCUCCCCUAUCACAGGUGUCACAUGUCAAUGCUUCUGACCAAUCCCAAAGCCAGCUGCAGGUAUCCACUAACAAAUUUGGUGCCCUCAAAAGUAGCGGCCCAGCUAGCUCUUCUAGCUCUCUGCACCAAAAUCAGCUGUCUCGUUCAGCCUCUUUGAAGUCAAAUCCACCCUCUCCAUUGGAAGAACUUCCAAGUAGCCCAACCCAAGGGGAAGUUCAUGUGGUCAAAGCUGCUCAAGUGCAGGUUAGCAUAGAGGAGAGGGUAGAGUCUCCAACAUCAAUUUGCUCACCAGUCUCCUUUGGAGACACUGAACACAGUCUUUCUAAAGCAAUCCAUGUUGGGCCAGAUUUAGCAAAUCAGAAGCUUCUGUUUGGUUCAUCCAAGGCGAAGGAAAGGAAAUUUGAGGAAAUUGAGGAAAAUGAUGAGGCCUUUCUCAGUCCUGAUCUGCCAGGAGAAGAGCCACCUCCACCUCCUCCUGAUAACUUUGCCUUCAUGAUCACUAAUACCAAGGUACAAGCCCUCUCCACUGGAGAGUACCAUCAGCUUGUCAAUGCCAAGAAAGGUAGUGUGCAGACGGUAACUGUUGGCAACAAACGACCAAGUGCUUCUGACAGUGGCUCAGCAUCACAAGAUGAUGCCAAUACCAAUGGUCCCGCUGGUGCUGACAAAAAGCCAGUUAUCAUCAUCUUUGAUGAGCCAAUGGACAUCCGCUCAGCUUACAAACGUCUCUCUACCGUCUUUGAAUGUGAGGAGGAGCUAGAGCGGAUGCUUGCAGAAGAAAGAAUAGAUGAGGAGUGUGAGGAAACAGAGGAAGAAGAAUGGACUAGAGGAUUGCAGGUCAAACAGAAUGGAGGUGGUAGAGAUUCUGGAAAAGUUACUGGUUCAAAUUCUUCUGCAGAUGUCACAGACGGUCAAGUCAUUAACUCUUUAUCAUCCUCAUCUUUAUCUGAGGGAGGGGCAUUAGUAGAUGUAGACAGUGAUGCAAGGCAAGAUGGAAAGAAGAAAUUCAAGUUUAAGUUUCCCAAGAAACAGUUUGCAGCGUUAACGCAAGCCAUUCGCGCUGGAAGUAAAACGGGCAAAAAGACUUUGCAGGUUGUUGUCUAUGAGGAUGAGGAAGAAUCAGAUGGAACAGUCAGACAACACAAAGAGACCAAGAGGUUUGAAAUUGCUUGCUCCAAAACAGAGUCCUCAAAAUCAAAUAAACAGGAACCUAAUGGACGAACUGACGAGAUUCGUAAGAGUACCUACAAAACCCUUGACAGUCUAGAGCAAACAAUAAAACAGCUUGAAAGCACAAUUUGCGAAAUGGGGCCGAAGUCUUCGGAAGACCCAGAAAGCGUGGUAAACCCUGAAACUCAGGACAACAAAGUUGGAGAGAGUUCAGGGCACUCAGAGAAAGGACUUUCUCCCAAAGCCUUUGUUCCUAGGUCGACUUCUGCCAGUAAAGUUCCUGGUCUCCGAAAAAAGACCAAACCACAGCUCCUUCCUCGACCUGCCAUCAUACCAACUACAGGGGUCUCAGUCACACCAGUUCCCACUCAACAGAAUGCCAGCGUGGUCUCACCUACUAGUCGGAUGCCGGUGCCUGUUUCUGCCAAGGCGCGGCAGCAACCGGGCACCUCAGAAAAAGAGAGGGCAACAAAACCGCAAAAGCUACAGGACUCUCAGAGGCAGUUCCGCCAGGCUAAUGGAAGUGCUAAAAGAUCUGGAGGAGAUCCCAAAUCCACUUCUCCUACUGUGCCUGCUUCUAAAAUUCCUGCUUUUUCCUCUAGUACAGGAAAAGGCUUGCCCCAGUCUGAUUCUACUAAUAUUGUUAAUUCUUCUCCUUUAUCUUCCUCCCUUCCCGCUAGCAAAUCUUCUAUCCCUCCUCCUCGAUCCAAUUCCACCCCCUCAUCUCAUAUCCCCUCCCUUUCUAAUGGUUCUUUAAAAUUUGCCCCUCCCACUCACAGCACUAAAGGCCUCUCUAUUCCCAUGCAGACACAAAAUGGUCGACCUUCCACCUCUUCUUCCUCUUCCUGUUCCCACUCCCCUUUGUCCCCGACUAUGUUGAGUCAGAGUGCGAAGAGUAUCCGUACCAUUCACACACCCAGCUUCACCAGCUACAGUCGGCCGCACAAUGGGAGUGCCGGUAAAUCAGCUAUCCCAACAGUAACUGUCGCUAAGGAUGCUGCGUAAAUUGCUUUGCUGCUUUGCAACCAUUUGUUUAUCUCUUAAUGAGGUGGAGUCACUCCUGAUUUACUUCGAUUCAUUUUUUAAGUUGUUUUUGUGAUUUUAUUUGUUUGAACAGAUAAUAUUGUUACAUCAGAGUGAAAUUUGUUUUGGCAUGACUUUGGCUAUUGCAUGUUAUUAUUUUCUCUGUUCAAUUGAAUGGCCAGCCUCCAUUAUUCAGUGUUUUAAACUUGAAUCUCUGCAAAUCAUAGACAUAUAAAAAGAUAAACUGUUUUAUUUUAAAAAGUAAAAAGUUUCAUUGCAGAGAGCAGGCUCUUGAUCAAGGAUUUUACAGAGCACUUCAUUUGAAAAGAAUAUUUAUUUUUCAUACAAGUUGAAGAGAGGCUAAUAAGUAUUAAAGUUAACAUAGUAAAAAAAAAAGUAUGUAAACAAUGUUUUGGUUAUUAACAUCCUCUAAAUGAUUGUAGAUGAUUGCAUAUGCAUUUUUUAAUAAACUGACAGACAUUGGUUGUAGCCACAAGUGAAAAAGUACUGUAAGUAUACUAACCAUUUACACAAAUUGUCAAACAUUGUCUGUUUUUUUUUUGUUGUUGUUGUUUUUGUUUUUUUGUCUUUCUUACAUGCACUGCCAAUGUCUUUAAGAUUUAUUGUUAUAAAUUGACAACAGUUUUGCAAUGAACAGUUGUCUGUCUAUUCAGUAGUUGUGCCUGUUUGCCAAAGUUUGUAAUUUACUUCCUUACAAAUGACUAUAUAUACUGUGUUAGACACUAUGUACAUUUAGGAUAGGUUAUAUCUGGCUUAACCUACCUAUGUCAAAAAAUCCUUGAUUUACCCAUGCAGUCUAUGGCUUUUAAAUUAAUGAGUAUUGAUAUCUAAAUGUAAACUAAAAACUGUAGUAAUUGAUAAAAUCGCUCUCUACUUCACAUGUACAUACUGUAACAUCUCUAUUUCAGAGAUUGUCUUUAGUUUUGUUAACAUAUUGUACCAAAGUUUAUUUCUAUGCAUGCCUAUACAAAAUUGUAGAGAGAGAGCGAGAAUGUAAUAGAAGAAAAUCAUGCUUGCACAGACAGAUUUUGUAAAUAAAUAUGUUUUCUUUGGUUUUGUAUAGCUUUAAUUGCAGAAGCAAUCUGUGUAAAAGAGUGUAGGUAUUAAAACAAAGUUCUGCAUGCUUGUCGUUUACAUGGCCUCUCGGCUAUGGUUUCUCCACUUCACUGCAAGUCCUUCUAUUAAACAUUUUGGCAGAUA